UGUCAUUACCUAACUAAUAAUGUGAAUGAAUGGUCCUUCAGAGUCCAUGGGGCGCAACCACAACCAAGGUGGUGUCUCCCUGCUCCUUCACUGACGUCAUGAGCGAGCAGCUGGCCAAGCAACUGGAUGAUGAAAGUAAUGCUUUCCCUGAUUUCUCAAAGUAAGUCCCAUCAGUAUCACCUGUCUGUGUUAUUGAUUCUCAUUAACUCGUAAGGACAUUUGAAUGACAUAUUCACCCUAUUUUCUAGCCAGUGUGCACUUCAGUGUCAAUUGUUAGUGUCACUGUAAAGAAAGAAAAGUUACACAAUAUAUAUGCUCCUAACAAUUUAAUGGGCAAACCUAAUAACCUAAUUGUAAGUCAAACCACACUGACAUUGGGUUAUUUUUGAGAGGUAUGUAUCUUGAACUGCAUUGUUGGUUAAGGGCUUGUAAGUAAGCAUUUCACGGUAAGGUCUACACCUGUUGUAUUCGGCGCAUGUGACAAAUAAAAUUUGAUUUGAUGUUUAUGGCCGAUAUCCUAUGUCUCUGUUUUAGUGUCAGCGCUGAUCUGGAUGCCGGUGAGGAGCCAGAGACAGACAGUGAUCUGAUGCUGGCUCAGAUGCUGCAGAUGCAGUUUGACAAGGAGUUUGACACCCAGCUGCGCACGGAAGAAAAGAAGUUCAAUGGGGAUAGCAAACGUAAGCCUAUGGACAAGUCCUGUAUUAAAACCAUACAAGGGUUGUUGCUAUACCAGUAUCGCGAUACUCUGAGCUAUCGUGGCAAUGAAUCAAAACAGGAAGUAGAUUUAAUUUAUUGGAAACAAAGAGCAUUAUGUUGUCACCUAAAGUCACAUUUGUUUACUUUGCAAGCUAUAGCAUCCACAAUUUUACAUAAAGUAGGUUUUCUAGGACCCCAGAGUUUUUUUUUUUUUUUGCCAUGGAAAAACUGGUAUCGUAGUAUCGCGAUCCUUGUAUUGUGACAACCCUAUGAAGGGUUGUGUUCCUUAGGCACCAAAUGAAAGAAAACAGAAGUUUUUUCAUUUUCAGUAGCAAAAUGUUUUCUGUUUGAUACUCUAAUAAACAUAACCAGGUUUCUGGAGUGUAAAAAGGAAUCAAGUGGGAAUAUGAAGAAUUUGAGCAAUGAUUGGUAUAUACUGUUGCAGUGUCCAUCUCCUUUGAGAACUAUCGCAUGGUGCACACUUACGAGGACAGCGACAGCGCCGAGGAUGAAGUUGAUUGGCAAGAUAGUCGUGACGACCCCUACAAAGCUGGUAAAGCCUAUCCCUUUGUCAUUUUACCCCUAUAUUAGUAUUGUAGCUAGGCCCUAUACAUCUACUGUAUACAUUUAACAGGACAACGUCUUGCUGCAUAGAAUAUUGGUGGCUGUUAGUCUUUUCAUGAUAUUGGUGACUGGUGGCUGUUUAUAUUAAAGCAAUAGUUCAACUUUCUAUAUUAACUUUUGUUUAAUGUAUUCCAGACAAGCCCACGACAACUCCAAGGAGAGGCUUUACUGGGAAAGGCAAGAACAUCACUACUAAGCACGAUGAGGUUGUGUGUGGCAGGAAGAAUACUGCACGCAUGGACAAUGUAAGAGUGACAACAAGAUCACCUUUUGGCUUGGUACAGCAUUAUUCAAUAGACAGUCCAGUGUUGGAAGCUACUCUGAAAAUAUAUUUUACCAAGAUACCAAUUACUUCACACUGGAAGAAGUUAAGUUACACUAAAGCUGCCCUUAAGAAAAAUAUAUUUGACCUAACUAAAGUUAUUUUGAUAAAAUAGUUCACUACAUCCAAACUACUUAGUGAAAAAUUAUCAUAUCUAAAUCUAAAAUGUCAUAGACUACAAAUUGCAAAAACCGAUCACUUUGGGGUCAUAUGUUAAUAGAAUGUGUAAUUUAGCCUGUUAAACACACAAACUGUUUGAAGUGAGAAUUAGGCAGGUCUGAUAAUGAAAAAUAAAUGCUAUUAUUGCCGACACCCAUAUUUUAUUUUAUUUUUGCAAAAAAGUAAUGUGUAGUUCCAGUAGUUAGCUACACCCCUACAUGGCAAAAAAUGAAUUAACUACUGAAAACGUUACCUAGAUUUGGAUUUAGAUCAACUACCACCAAGCUACUAAAUGUAGUUAUAUUACUAGUUGAACUACAUGUAGUUCACUACUCCCCAACACUGAGAAAGAUACAUGGCUAUUUAACGUCGUUAGCAGUUGUCUCCAUUAGCUUUGAAAUGUGUGGCUUAAUGUUCAUACACACUGAAGUUGACAUAUCCUGAACUGUCAGCCAUUUUGUAAUCUCCCUCUCUGUCUUGUCCUCCCAGUUUGCCCCAGAGAUCAAUGUGGGAGAUGGGCUUGGCAUGGACCUGAAGCUCUCCAACCAGGUGUACAACUCCCUCAAGCAACACUGCUACUCCGAGCAGCGUCGCAGUGCCCGGCUGCAUGAGAAGAAGGAGCACUCCACUGCUGUGAGUUUAUACAAAUAGUAGUGCUGAGCGAUUAACCAACAUUUCUGUUAUUUUUUUGUUUUUUAAACAACAAAUUGACUGAUGUUGGUUCAGUUAUUUGAAUUCGAUUUCAUUUGUGUUUUUUCUGUGAGCUCAAUGUGCACAUUGCACAGUUUCUCUAGAGAUAAAUCAGAUCCAGCCUGAACUGUGCGAUGUAAUAGGGAGUUGUAGUUUCCAACUGGCCAAUAUUCUACAUAGUUUAGUGCAUAAAACUUGGUAAUUAACUACAAAGACCAUAAUCCAUUGCUCAUCUACUUGUCCGCUCUGUUUCUUUCAUGCCUGCUACGGAAGAGGCAGAAUGCGCAAUCGUGAGGGUAUAUAGAGAGCAGCUGUUGCUUCGCGAGGUAUCUCUACCUAAAAAUACAUGAUCUAAGUGAUUGAUAGUUGGUAUUCAGCAGUCAUAAAAAAAGUAUGCCUUAUUUACUUUGAAGAACUACAAAAUAGUGAUUUUGUCAGACAGCAUAGGCAGCAGCUCUAUAGAGAUGAGAUGAUGACUUGGAAUAAAAUAAUAGUCAAGUAAAACAAAUUUAAUAUACACUACUUUAAUAAAAUAUUUCAGUUAUGUGAAUAAAUUAGCAGUGGUGUAAAAAUACUUUAAAGUACUACUUAAGUAGUUUUUUUGGAGUAUCUGUACUUUUGACUCCUUUUACUUCACUACAUUCCUAUAGAACAUAAUGUACUUUUUACUUCAUACAUUUUCCCUGACACCCAAAAGUACUUGUUACACACUUAUCAAGAGAACAUCCCUGGUCAUCCCUACUGCCUCUGAUCUGGCGGACUCACUAAACACAUGCUUCAUUUAGUAAAUGAUGUCUGAGUGUUGGAGAGUGCCGGCUAUCUGUAAAUAAAUAAAUAAACAAGAAUUGUGCUGUCUGGUUUGCUUAAUAUAAGGAAUUUGAAAUGAUUUUAACUUUUGAUACUUAAGUAUAUUUUAGCAAUUACAUUUACUUUUGAUACUUAAGUAUAUUUAAAACCAAAUACUUUUAGACGUUUACUGAAGUAGUAUUUUACUGGGUGACUUUCACUUUUACUUGUCAUUUUCUAUUAUGGUAUCUUUACUUUUUUCCACCACUGUAAAUGAGUGAUAAGCAGUCAUGGGCUGUCACCACCAUCAUGGGGACUUGUAUUAAUUGUUUUAUUCUGUGUUACAGCAUUCAAACCAAAUAAUCGAAACCGUGAUUAUAAACAAAUUAUCAAACCGAACCGACUUCAAAAAGCACUAAUCGCUCAGCACUAACAAGUAGCAAAAUUCACUGUAGAAGUCUUUGAAUUUCAAAAUAACACUAUGCUAAGGCUUAUACAAUCAGAUCUGUAUAAUUUGAAUGUACUUUCAUUCUUUCCUAAUUCUCUCCUCCUGAUCCUCUUUCAUGCUUUGUUUUUUUUCUCCCCUUGUCUCUCACAGGAACAAGCAGUGGACCCAAGGACCCGUCUGCUCAUGUACAAAAUGGUGAACGCAGGCAUUCUGGAGAACAUCAACGGCUGCAUCAGCACCGGGAAGGAGUCUGUGGUGUUCCACGCAAAUGGGGGAAGGUGAGGGUGUCAUCGUUACAAGUUAUGUCGCAAGAACCCACACCUUGAAUUGGCUGACCAAAGGUUGAUUGACCGAAGGCCUAAAGGUGUUGUUACCUGCCUAAUGAUGAGUCAGAUCUGAAUAGAAAUUUCCCCAACUCUGGUUGUCUAAGGUUAUGGCAUGACAUUUACAUUGUGAUGACAUAAUCAUUGACAGAUUCUAUAGCAGUAGCUUUAUUUACCAUAUGUUAUUAGCCAUAGUUGUAAUACAGUUUAAUAUCUGUUUAAUACAGUGGGGGGGGAAAGUAUUUAGUCAGCCACCAAUUGUGCAAGUUCUCCCACUUAAAAAGAUGAGAGAGGCCUGUAAUUUUCAUCAUAGGUACACGUCAACUAUGACAGACAAAUUGAGGAAAAAAAAUCCAGAAAAUCACAUUGUAGGAUUUUUAAUGAAUUUAUUUGCAGAUUAUGGUGGAAAAUAAGUAUUUGGUCACCUACAAACAAGCAAGAUUUCUGGCUCUCACAGACCUGUAACUUCUUCUUUAAGAGGCUCCUCUGUCCUCCACUCGUUACCUGUAUUAAUGGCACCUGUUUGAACUUGUUAUCAGUAUAAAAGACACCUGUCCACAACCUCAAACAGUCACACUCUGUCCACACCUCAUACAAGACCACUGAUAAUCUCCCUCGAUCUGGGGCUCCACGCAAGAUCUCACCCCGUGGGGUCAAAAUGAUCACAAGAACGGUGAGCAAAAAUCCCAGAACCACACGGUGGGACCUAGUGAAUGACCUGCAGAGAGCUGGGACCAAAGUAACAAAGCCUACCAUCAGUAACACACUACGCCGCCAGGGACUCAAAUCCUGCAGUGCCAGACGUGUCCCCCUGCUUAAGCCAGUACAUGUCCAGGCCCGUCUGAAGUUUGCUAGAGUGCAUUUGGAUGAUCCAGAAGAGGAUUGGGAGAAUGUCAUAUGGUCAGAUGAAACCAAAAUAUAACUUUUUGGUAAAAACUCAACUCGUCGUGUUUGGAGGACAAAGAAUGCUGAGUUGCAUCCAAAGAACACCAUACCUACUGUGAAGCAUAGGGGUGGAAACAUCAUGCUUUGGGGCUGUUUUUCUGCAAAGGGACCAGGACGACUGAUCCGUGUAAAGGAAAGAAUGAAUGGGGCCAUGUAUCGUGAGAUUUUGAGUGAAAACCUCCUUCCAUCAGCAAGGGCAUUGAAGAUGAAACGUGGCUGGGUCUUUCAGGAUGACAAUGAUCCCAAACACACCGCCCGGGCAACGAAGGAGUGGCUUCGUAAGAAGCAUUUCAAGGUCCGGGAGUGGCCUAGCCAGUCUCCAGAUCUCAACCCCAUAGAAAAUCUUUGGAGGGAGUUGAAAGUCCGUGUUGCCCAGCGACAGCCCCAAAACAUCACUGCUCUAGAGGAGAUCUGCAUGGAGGAAUGGGCCAAAAUACCAGCAACAGUGUGUGAAAACCUUGUGAAGACUUACAGAAAACGUUUGACCUGUGUCAUUGCCAACAAAGGGUAUAUAACAAAGUAUUGAGAAACUUUUGUUAUUGACCAAAUACUUAUUUUCCACCAUAAUUUGCAAAUAAAUUCAUUAAAAAUCCUACAAUGUGAUUUUCUGAUUUUCUUUUCUCAUUUUGUCUGUCGUAGUUGAUGUGUACCUAUGAUGAAAAUUACAGGCCUCUCUCAUCUUUUUAAGUGGGAGAACAUGCACAAUUGGUGGCUGACUAAAUACUUUUUUUCCCCACUGUAGAUGUUUUGGUACAGAACUACUUCCCUAAAUGUCUCUGUUAAUUAAGUUGAAGUUUCUAAGGGUUUCAAUACUGUUUUGUGUGUUUUCGUCCUCUCCUAGCAUGGAGAAGAAUGCUGUCCCAGAUGAGUGUGUGCUCAAGGUCUUCAAGACCACACUCAACGAGUUCAAGAACCGUGACAAGUACAUCAAAGAUGACUACCGCUUCAUAGACCGCUUCAGCAAGCUGAACCCCCGCACGAUCAUCCGCCUGUGGGCUGAGAAGGAGAUGCACAACCUGGCACGGUGGGUGGUGGCGAUGUCACCUACACUGAGUCUACAAAACAUUAAGAACACCUGCUCUUUCCAUGACACACUGACCAGGUGAAUCCAGGUAAAAGCUAUGAUCCCUUAUUGAUGUCACUUAUUAAAUCCAUUUCAAUCAGUGUAGCUGAAGGGGAGGAGACAGGUUAAAGAAGGAUUUUUAAGCCUUGAGACAUGGAUUGUGUAUGUGUGCCAUUAAGAGGGUGAAUGGGCAAGACAAAAGUGCCAUUGAACAGGGUAUGGUAGUAGGUGCCAGGCGCACCGGUUUGAGUGUCAAGAAAUGCAACGCUGUUAGGUUUUUGUUUUAUCAAGAAAGGUCCACCACUGAAAGGACAUCCAGCCUACUUGACACAAUGUCGACUCAAUAUUAGGAAGGUGUUCUUAAUGUUUUGUACACUCAGUGUAUAUGGACCAACACCAAUCCACCUGAUUUAAUCUAAACUCAAUUCAUCAGUAUGAAGAAGGCUGACAUUCCAUGCCCCGAGGUGGUGGUUCUGAAGAAGCACAUCCUUGUGAUGUCGUUCAUCGGCAAGGACCAUGUGCCGGCUCCCAAACUGAAGGAGGCCAUGUUGGGCUCUGAGGACAUGAAGAGGGCCUAUGACCAAGUGGUUCAUGUAAGUGCAGCUUUGCCACUAUGCACUUUAAUAUAGACAUGGUUCUAUUGGUAUAUAGUUGCAUACGUUUUACUAAUAUUUCUGGUUGUAAGCGCUAGUUCCAUAGUGAUGAGUAUCCAGAGAGUUACCAUAUCAUAUGUGGUCCUCUGUAGCUCAACUGGUAGAGCACGGCGCUUGUAACGCCAAGGUAGUGGGUUCGAUCCCCGGGACCACCCAUACACAAAAAAUGUAUGCACGCAUGACUGUAAGUCGCUUUGGAUAAAAGCGUCUGCUAAAUGGCAUAUUAUUAUUAUUAUUAUUAUUAUUGAUUAUUUUGACCCCUGGAUGUCUGUCUGGCCUUGCAGAUGAUGCAACAGUUGUAUCAGGAGUGUAACCUUGUCCAUGCUGACCUGAGUGAAUACAACAUGCUGUGGCAUGAGGGCAAGGUACGCUAUUCAUCCUUUUCGUCUAACCGUUAUAUAUCCAGGUGGGUCAAUCUACACCUUAAUUUUUACACUGGAAAUCCAGGCAUGAGAUUGUGCCUUGAGUGAUGUAAUCAUCUUGUCUUUUGAAGGUUUGGCUGAUUGAUGUGAGUCAGUCCAUCGAGCCCAAUCACCCUCACAGCCAUGAGUUCCUGUUCAGGGACUGCAGGAACGUGGCUACGGUAAGUUAGCUCACAGUUAUCCAAGUACUGUAGGUUUAAAUUGCCUGUUAUAAUGUACAGCUCACAGUAAAUACUGACUAAAGUCCUGAUUUGCUGUCACAACAAUCAAAAUGAUGUGAAUUUUAUCAGUCAAAUUUGAAUGGAUAAUAUAUUUAGCUGCCACACCUCAAAACAUGCAAUGAAUGUUGGUGGAAAAUGAGCGAAAGUCUAAACCAAUAUGUAAACUAUUCUUAGACCAGUGUUUGUAUCAGUGACAAGCUGUUGGUUUUAAUACCAAGAUAUCGUUUUUUUAUCUCUUCAACGCAGUUCUUCCAGAAGGGCGGGGUGUCUGAGGCCAUGAACGUGUACGAGCUCUUCAACGUUGUGUCAGGGCUGCAGCUCAGUGGUGACAGUGAGGCAGAGUUCCUUGCCCAGGUCAGAAAACCUUGAAGGCCAUAUGAGGGGUUUAUUUCUCUGGUGGUGAUUCAUGUAGUUGUAUUGAAUUUACAGAAAUGCCUUUUUCAGGCUGUUUUAAAGUGGGCUCUCACGUUAUCUAUAGUCUCACACAGCAGCAACAUCUAUCAUGUACUAAAGUGCCUUUUUGGGGUAGGGAUGUUUAUACUGGAUUUUGACCCCAAUCCAUCAAAUUAAAUUGUAUAAAGCGCCACAAAUGCAUUCGUCACAAAGUGCUUACCAGGAAACCUGGGAUUAAAAUAGUCAUUUUCAUACAAAGUUGUUGUUUUCUAGAUCGAGGCACUGGAGAAGAUGAAUGAGGACCACGUGCAGAGAAGGGGCAAGAAAAUGUACACCUUCAGCACCAGUGACGGAGGGCCUCCCCUAUUACACGACGAGGAUGAUUAACAAUGAGAUAUUAGACACCAUGAAUAGCUGCAUGGAACCUGUUUGGUUGAUUGUUUGAGAGAAUGGGUCGAGUAAACCCCCCCCCCAUGGUCUCUCACAAUGAGGUAUGCAAGAGGUCGAAAGGUCGCUGCAUCCCAAGAUGGUGUCAUAGGCUACACUGGGAUCAGUGGGCUAAAAAGGCUCCCGACCACCUCCAUGAAAUGUCAUCAUCUCAUCCCAUUACUACGGCUGCAGAUGGAUCAGUGGGCUAAAAAGGCUCCCAACCACCUCCAUGAAAUGUCAACAUCUCAUUCCAUUACUACGGCUGUAGAUGGAAUGGAUGGGGACAUCUGAGGGGAUACAUGACAGAUAAUGCAUCUACAUGCACACGCAAUAAUUGCUUUUGAAAUUAGAGGGUAUUAGUAACCAGCAUUAAUGACAUUAUGAACAAGUUAUAUUCACGAGUAAACUGAGCUCGAAUGAAAAGAGCAUUGCAUUAUGUUCUGAAUGGAACAAAUUGUCAUCCAACAUUUUGGUGAAGAAACCAAAGUAUCAGUGAAUAUUUUAAUCAUGAAAAGGUGCUGUGAAUGAAGACACACAAUGAAUUGUUUGUCAUUGUCUCCCAAGAUACAAUGAGGUCCAUUGUACUUACAAUGGAGCUGUCAUGUUUGUGUGCUCUCUGUAAUUGCAAUAUUAUGGUGGAAAUAAAUGGUAAAAAU